AUCGACCACCUUUGAAAAGUAAGAAGACGGAACAAUUUCAAAGACACUGGCUUCGGCUUCAGAAGAGCCAAGAAGACAACGCUGCACACUGUAUGCAACCAAACUCCUUCAAUUUCAUCGUCUAUCACUCUUUUCAUCCAACUUCCCAAAAUUAGGUUUUAUCAAAAAAACCAAAAGAAAAAAAAAAAGAAACUUCCCAAAAUUAGGGUUAGGGUUUCAAUUUUCGUCGAUAUACAAUGUCAGAUUACGAUGGAAAUGGCGAAGAAUAUGUUUCUCUUCGUAACAAAGUAGGCGAUGCCUUCGACGACCGUGACUCCAACCGCAAGCGCAAUUCUCAUGUAUCAAAUCAUGAGAGGUCAUGGAAUAGAGAGGAAGACCUAGAAAGAGGAAUAAACCGAGAUCCAUAUCCAAGGGACUAUAGGGAUGGUAGAAGUGUAAGAGUUGACAAAGGAAGAGACAAGCGUAACGACAAUGAUCACCAUCAAAGUCGAAGUCAUGACAGAAAACGUGAUUAUGACUAUGAUAGAGAAAGAAGGCGGAGACAUAGAUCACCUUCUUUCUCAAGGGAAAGAUCUAGGAACCAAUCUGGAUCACCCUCUUCUUCUCGUACUAAAAGCAAGCGAACAAGUGGUUUUGACAUGGCACCACCUGCUUUGGCCUCACUACCCAGUUCUGCUAGUCCAGGGCAGUUGCCAGGCAUUCCUCAAUCAACACCAGGAACGUUACAAAAUAUAUUACCUUUUGGGAUGCCACAAUUUUCUCUUCCCCUGGCGCCAGCCCAAGCAAUGACUCAGCAGGCUACAAGGCAUGCACGUCGGGUAUAUGUUGGUGGACUUCCUCCUAUGGCUAAUGAGCAGACAAUUGCAACAUUUUUUAGCAAUGUAAUGGCUGCGAUUGGAGGAAAUGCCGCUGGUCCAGGUGAUGCUGUUGUUAAUGUCUACAUUAAUCAUGAGAAGAAGUUUGCAUUUGUGGAGAUGAGAACUGUUGAAGAAGCAAGUAACGCAAUGGCAUUAGAUGGGAUCAUAUUUGAGGGGGUUGCUGUGAGGGUGCGAAGGCCAACGGACUACAAUCCUACAUUAGCUGCAGCACUUGGUCCGAGCCAACCAAGUCCUCACCUUAACUUGGCUGCUGUUAGGCUCACACCAGGUGGAAUGGCUGGAGCAGAGGGACCUGAUCGCAUCUUUGUGGGUGGACUUCCAUAUUACUUCACUGAAGAACAGAUAAGAGAGUUGUUACAGUCCUUUGGACCUCUUCGUGGAUUUGACCUUGUUAAGGAUAAAGACACAGGAAACUCAAAAGGAUAUGGUUUCUGUGUCUAUCAGGAUCCGACAGUGACAGAUGUAGCUUGUGGUGCUCUUAAUGGCUUGAAAAUGGGUGAUAAAACUCUUACUGUUCGACGUGCCAUUGCUAGUACCGGACAGUCCAGAUCAGAACAGGAAAAUAUUUUCGCACAGGCCCAACAGCAUAUAGCCAUGCAGAAAAUGGUUUUGCAAGCUGGUGGUGUAAAUCUUCCUGAAGCAAGAAUGGCAGAAAUAGAAAAUGCAGAAAGUCCUACCCGGGUUUUAUGUUUGACUGAGGCAAUUACUGCUGAUCAACUUGGAGAUGAUGUAGAGUAUGAAGAAAUAUUAGAAGACAUGAAAGAUGAAUGUAACAAAUUUGGAACUGUGGUGAAUGUCAUCAUACCUCGCCCAAGUCAAAAUGGAGAGCAGAUACCUGGUGUUGGAAAGGUUUUCUUGGAAUAUUCUGAUACUGUGGGCUGCGCCAAUGCGAGGAAUGUACUUAACAGAAGAAAAUUCGGGGGCAACAUCGUGAAUGCUGUUUUUUAUCCAGAAGACAGAUAUUAUAGCCAGGACUAUAGUGCAUAAGAAUACUAGGGCAUAGUUUUUAUUUAUUUUGUUACUUUUUGUUCCUCGAUUUUCCUUUAACAAUGGAAAAUAGCUUGAUGUAUCAAAUGAGUAUCAUUUAUCCUGGAAAAAAACUAUAUAUUAAUUUGAAAAAGGGAAGAAACAAAGAAAAUAGAGCUUAUUAGAUAUGUAACUCUUAUUAUCAGGGAACGUACGUUGCAUAUACGUUAGAUGAAGUGCAUUUAUCUCCUUUUUCUUGACACGGUCGGUUGGCUUGGGCAGCCUUAGUCAAUUAAAGUGUUUUUAGAUAUAUAUGUUAUAUUUUAUCUGUUUUUUUAUUGUUUACAAUGUGCCUUGUAGAAAGACGAAGCUUCAUUCAAUAUUGAAUGUGGUGGUAAUUCAAUUUUUACUUUGCUGCC